UUUAAAAUAUUUUUCAUCUUCUUGCUGUAGCUUUGGGGUCGAGUUGUUUGUUGGGUUUUUUUUCCCUCUCUCUCUUUUUUUUUUUUUAACAAUUAUUAUUAUCAUUAUUUUGGUUGCGAUAUCGACUUUGAUUUUUUUUUUUUUUUUUUUUUUUGUCUUCGCUCUCUUUUUCCCUCCUCCCUUCCCCGAUGAACCUCUCUCCUCGCUCUGCACUUUGCAGGAGAAAGCCCAGAGGAAAGGCACCAUGAAGUGUUAAAAAUAACAAACCAAAAACAACAACAACAACAACAACAAAAAUUUUCCUCGCAACACCGCCAGCUCUAACACUUCCAGCUGCAGUUUGCAAGCUGCGAAAGAGAGAGAGAGGAGAGAAGGGAGGGAGAAAGGAGGAAAAAAAAAAAAGAAAGAGAGAGAAAAGCCACCACCACCCUUUAUGCAAAAGGCGAAUAGCAAGAGCCCCUCGCUCUGAUGCAUCAGCGGCAGCGGAGACUCUGCGAAGGAUAACGCGGAGCGGCAGCCGCCGGGGCGGAUCGGAGCGGAGGCUGCGCGGGGCCGCGGCGAGAGGCAGAGGCGGGAGAGCGCGGAGCGGAGCUCGCCAAAAAUCAAGCUGGCUCACCCGGUGGCAACUCAGAGCAGUCCCCUCGCUCCCGGAGCGCACCCUUUCUGGAGGACUGUCAGCAGCAAAAGGAUGGCAUCAGAACUGGCAAUGAGCAGCUCCGACCUGCCCACCAGUCCCCUGGCCAUGGAAUAUGUUAAUGACUUCGAUCUGAUGAAGUUUGAAGUGAAAAAGGAGCCGGUGGAGACCGAUCGCAUUAUCAGCCAGUGCGGCCGCUUGAUCGCCGGGGGAUCGCUCUCUUCCACCCCGAUGAGCACGCCCUGCAGCUCGGUGCCCCCGUCCCCCAGCUUCUCGGCGCCCAGCCCCGGCUCCGGCACCGACCAGAAGACCCACCUGGAAGACUACUACUGGAUGACGGGCUACCCGCAGCAGCUCAACCCGGAGGCGCUGGGCUUCAGCCCGGAGGACGCGGUGGAGGCGCUGAUCAACAGCAGCCACCACCCGCUGCCCGGCGCCUUCGAUGGCUAUGCUAGAGGGCAGCAGCUGGCCGCCGCCGCCGGCGCCGCCGGCUCGGUGCCGGCCGAGGAGAUGGGCUCGGCGGCCGCCGUGGUGUCGGCGGUGAUCGCCGCGGCGGCGGCGCAGGGCGGCGCGCCCCACUACCACCACCACCACCACCACCCGCACCACGGCGGCGGCGGCGGCGGCGGCGGCGGCGGCGGCGGCGGCGGGCACCCCCACGCCGCGGCGCCGGGCAGCGCGCCGCCCUCCUCCGCCUCCUCGGCGGCCGGCUCCGGCGGCGGCGGCGGCGGCGGAGGCGCCGGGGGGCUGCACCACCCGCACCACGGCGGCGGCGGCGGCGGCGGCCUCCACUUCGACGACCGCUUCUCCGACGAGCAGCUGGUGACCAUGUCGGUGCGGGAGCUGAACCGGCAGCUGCGGGGCGUCAGCAAGGAAGAGGUGAUCCGGCUGAAGCAGAAGAGGAGGACCCUCAAAAACAGGGGCUAUGCCCAGUCCUGCCGCUUCAAGAGGGUCCAGCAGCGGCACGUCCUGGAGUCGGAGAAGAACCAGCUGCUGCAGCAAGUGGAGCACCUAAAGCAGGAGAUCUCCAGGCUGGUCCGGGAGAGGGACGCCUACAAGGAAAAGUACGAGAAGCUGGUCAGCAAUGGCUUCAGAGAAAACGGAUCCAGCAGCGACAACCCUUCCUCUCCAGAGUUUUUCAUGUACCCGAGAGAAUCAUCUACAACGGUGAUGUGAAAAUCCCUGUUACCUGAGGUCCAAAAAAAAAAAAAAAAAAAAGUCUCCCAGAAGACCUGGAGUGGUGACGCCUGGAUGCAGAGGAGAUCACACUGCUUAUAAAUCUGCACCUUGAGGAGGCCAAAAGUUUCUUCAGCAGCAGGAGGUAAGCCAGGACUGCUGGUGGGUGUAAGGAACAGAGAGCAAUCCCACACACACGUGAGAAGAUGAAGUCAGCGUUCUUGAGGAUGGAGACUUUGGGGCAGUAUGAUGGUCCUGUACAGAGAGCUUGAAGAGAUCUUCAGGUGGGAACACACCACCCAACCAGCCGCCUGUUUGAUUUAGUCCAUGGACCUCUGGGUUCUGCACACCAGAGACUGAAAACUCUUGACUUACCCUAAAUUUCCUCUUUGUGGACUUCUGAUGUCAUAGGAACGGCACAAAAAAUUCCAUAUAUCUGCUUUGCCAUAACGUUUUCAGCCUGCUAACUUUCCCAGGACUACUUUCUGCACAAAUUACUGGAACUUAAUUACAUGAGGCUUAAUUUCAGUUGCCUGGCCAGCUUUAAAAGCAUAUAUUCAAAUUCGAACCACAAGGGCAGAAUUUGGGGAGCCUCUUUGUCCUCUCACUUUGUGUUAGUUUAAAUGAAGAAACUGUGCCUGUGAAUCUCUGCUUUAUGACACCUAUUCCAAGUCAGUCUCCCUUCUGGAGAGACCUCCCAGGCUCCCAGCAGUUUAAGGGGGGAGCACAAACUACCCCUGAUGUUAUAGUUCAUGUUUUUGAAACUGUGCAAACAAUAGAUAUUUGUCUCCUGCUUAUGCAUUUUCUUGUAAAUAAAAUGUAUUGAGACCAGAGAUGAAGUUACACUGACUUUACACCAGAUAAGAAUUUGUAUUGACCUUUUACACAGAAGUGUUGUGUUAUCUGUACAUUUCUCAAACAGAUCUUGCAAUGUUUAAUUGCAACAAAAAAAAAAAAGAACGGAGAUGGAGAAUCCACGGAGGGGCACGGAGGAGAAAGGAGGUAAAAGGACACAGAUGGGGAAUGGUGGAGUUGGAGGAUAACACCAGCUAUCAAAGCAUUAUCUGAGAAUUCCUGUGAUUAGGGUUUAUUAUCUUCCUGACCCCACUGUUUCAUUAUAAUCUGCUGCUUAGGUGAUCAAUAAUGAAUGGCCUCCAAAUUUCAUUACGUUUGCUCCCUUUCCGUAGAAGAUUUUGCAUCAGUUUAGUCCCCUCCAUAAGACCUUUUUCCUCUUAAGGUGUGAAGACUUCAUGUUUCUGCUGGGGUUGACUUGUUCUUUUGGUAUAUCAAUGUUGUUAUUUAGCCAGCAAGUGUCCCACAGCAGUUCAUCGAGUAACACUUCCAUCUAUCACAUUGGGAUGGUCAAGAAUACAUUGCAGCUGAUGUGCAAACACUGACGUAUAUCUGGAGUUGGGCACCCGCCUCCAACUCAGCAGAUAAAAAACCCCUCCGAAGAGCCAACAAAAGAGGGCUUUUUUUAAACACCCCAACCGGCUAGUGGAUUAUCCUUAAUGCGUUGGCAGCAUGCCCCUUCUUUCCACUGCAGGAAUGCUAGCCUGGCCCUGCAGUCCUGGCUGGUUUUUGUGUUACAGCAUGCAGAAGAAAUAGUGGAAGACUGAUUGGUAACAGUUCAUGGCAAUUUUUUUUCUCUACAGCCCGAGAUCACCUUAUUUACCUCCAAAGAGGCAAGUAUAGUGAGCAGCACCUCUCUCUGGGGAGCGGUCUUCCCUGGUCGGCGUGGCCAUGCAGGAGAGGGCUCCUUGUAGGGCUGGCUGUUGUUUCUAGGAGCUCGCUGACAUAUCUUCGAGAGCUGAGGGCUCAGCUGCUUCUGCGUGAGAGAGGAGAGGAAAUGACCUUCACCCAGCUGAGCAGGGAACAACAGGAAACCCUCACGGUCCCAAGCUCCUGCCAUUUCCCACCCCCCAGAAUCCGGCACAUGGGGACCGUUUUGACGAACUAUCAGGGGUUCUGUCAGGGUUUAGCCGCUGCAAAGAUAUUAGCAAAGUAUGUUGAUGAUUCAUGGCGAAAUGGUGUGCGCUGAUUUAAGUGAUGGACUAGUCAUUCUGUAAUGGAUUUGAGAAUUCCCAAUCAGAUUGUACUUAGUUUUAUCAAGCAGGAAGCUGGCAGGCUGUGUUUUAAUCAACUGAUAGCAUCGCUUGGCGAUUGGCAUCCAGCUAGUGAACAGAGUAUUUCUCAAAGACCAGCUCACUAAGUUGCGAACAGCAUCAUCCGCUCCGAUCUUUCAGGUUUACCUCCUAUUCAUUCUGUUCAGCCUGUUUCUUUCCCAAAUUAAACUUUCAGCUGGAAGUGCAGAAAGAUGCCGCACAUAGAUCCUGCGCUGCUCUUUCACCAGCCUCGGAGAGGGAAUGAAUGAGGCAAAAGACAUUUGCUCCAUCCUCCAGGAAGCUAUGUUGAAACAACCUCCUGGAUAUAGCACAAAAUCCCAGAACCAUGCAAAUUCAAGGAUUUGAUGCUGGCACAAUUUUUUGAGCGUUCACAUUCCAUAAGUGCAGUAAAUCUAUAACACAGGGACACACCAGGUAAGACAUGGCCUUUCCCCUUUUGAGUCAGGCUGUUUUAUCACCCAUUGUCUAUUUUAUCACCUAAGAUGUACCCUGGGUUCUGACCUGUGCCAAUAGACAUCAGGAACGGUUUCCUUUCCUGAUGAAACACAUCAGUCUCUUCAUUACUUCUAGGAAAGUCCAGCUUCAGUUGAGCAUCUUCACAGCACAAACCCUCAGGUGCCAUAACUGAUUUCCUACUCAGGAUUGAUGUUCUACCACAGUUAUUGAGUUACGCAGCCACCUACACCCAUGUAGCUGUACUCGAGCAGAGAGUCAAACCUGGGGAGCUGGUUUGUUGUGCCUAGCUCCUGUAUAGUAGCUCCUGCGCUUAGCAACCCACCUCCAAUAUAAAUAUAUCUGCUACUCUGAAGAGCAGGCUUUGAAAAGCACCAGAAGGGAUCACUCCCCCAUAAGGAUUUUUUCCAACAUUGCAGAGCUGUUAGGACUCCCAGGGAAGGCAAGUCCCAUGGCACCACGUCGGGGAACUGCUCGCUGGGCUGCUGGCUGAACCGUAUAACCCGGUUGGGUUAAAAUUGGUCAAACGUUUGGGGCUCUUAGAAGAGGCUGAUGAUUGAAAGGACAUAAAACAACCGUGCUCACAAAAAGUAAUAAAAACGAAAGUGAGGUGUAAGUACCAGAGAGGAAUGAUUCAUCGGGAAAUUGUGCCCUUGAAAUUGUAUUGCAAAUCCUGUGAGAGGGAGGAGGUGUAUGUAUGUACGUAAGGGGCAGAUUUUGGGUUAUCCGGAUGAGUUGAAGAUAAGAUGAAGAUUAACAAUCAGAUCUGUAAUUUAAGGGAACAUUUAAGUGUUUGAUAUUGUCUGCUGACCAUUACACGAAAAUCAGAGAAAAUGAAAAAGAUCCCUGUCUCCAGUGCCACGUCCACCUGCGCCCUUCACCAGACAGUGCCACCCGGCGCAAGAAAAGAAUUAAGGUUUCUGAUGCCAGAGCCAUCAAAAGGACACGUGAAAACAAAGCUGAAAAAAGCCUUCUGUCUUCUCUCCCUGGAUUGGAAAGCAUACAAUUUCCACAGGGUAAU